UAGUUGAGGCGUACCGAUCGCACGCUUCACAGAGAGAGAGAAAGUGUACCUCUCUGUGCGAUCAAUGAAAUUCCUCGUGAUCUUCGGCGAUCGUUUAUCAAGUGACCGUUCGUGAAAUGGGUGGUGACGAGAAGCAGUCAAAAACGGACGACGAUGGGUCGGACUUUCUGCGCAACCUGCUCAAGUGUGGCUCUUCAAUGCCCGUGGACAGCGAUGUUGACGCGUACGAGCUGCAACUCCCCGAGUGGUACGACGAUGGCAAGUUCAAACGGGCACAGCAGUUCUUCAAGCGGAACCUCUUUGCGAUGUACGUGGCCAUGUUGUGUGGACUGUUGGUGAUCUUGGCCGUGCCCAGCAUCUUGAACGUGCUCAUCUACACGAAGCAGUCCUCGACGGCUAUGACGGCCUAUCGAAGAUAUGUGGCGACGAUCAUGCACACCCUUAACUGGUACUACGAAGAUCUAACGCCAGGAUCAACGUCGUGGAAGUCGAUAGCCUACGUCAGAAGGACGCAUGCGGCGACCAGCAAACGUAGCAGUUCCAAACUUUCCGGGAGAAUAAUCGCUCAAAAAGAUAUGGCAGUGACGCAGUUUGGUUUCGUUGGCUACGUCGUUCUGGGAUAUAAAAAGCUUGGAAUACAAUACAACGUUGAAGACAUGGAGGCGAUGGUUCAUUUCUGGCGCGUGAUUGGCUACAUGAUCGGAAUACAAGAUCAAUACAACAUCUGCACCGACAGUCUGACGACCACCGAGCAACGGAUGCGCCAAAUCCAGGACCACAUUCUGCGGCCAGCCCUGGAGGAACGAACGGAAGACUUUGAAGAGAUGGGAAAGGCCCUGAUAACCGGAAUGUGGAGCUUCAAUCCGUUUCUCAAUUACGACGCGUUCCUGUUUCUGACCGCCCGGUUGACCGGAGUCCCCGGGUACCAUUACUGGACCGAAGAACACCCGUCGGUUGGCUGUGAAACAAAGUAUCAAAAGUUCAGUCGGUACACCCGAUUUGUGCUUUACUUUUUGAUAUUGAUUCACGAAAUCGGACUCAAGUAUACGAUAGUUCGGUUGUACUUAAACAGUCAGAUGGUAUUGUCGAGGUUCCUCAUUACGUACUUUCCAUUCUUGGCCAUUCCAAAGUUUGGCUUUAGGAACUCAUACGUUCGGAUAUUAAAAUGAUUUCAUAGUCAAACAAUGUGCUUAGUAUAAUAUAUAAUUUAGAUGAAUUCAAACACAAUUCACACGUUACCUUGUUGUUUCACCGCCAAAUAAAGAUUGAACAAAUUGUACAACGCUUGUAUGUAACCUGCCU